UAAGAUUCAUUUUAAUAUUGUCCACCCACCUAUGCCUUGGUCUUCCUAGUGUCUCCUUCUUUCUGGCUUUCUCACCGAUAUUGGUUAUGUUACUGUAUAAAAAAUAAUGAGUUUACCUGUGGAAAGUAUGUAGUUGGAUGCCACACAUCUCACCAGUAUCAGACACUGUGGUUAGUAGACUGUAAACAUGUCAUAGAAUUUUCACUAAUAAUACCAAAACUCCAAAGUACUAAAAUUUUCACUGUUGCCUAAUUUCAUUCCACUCUUGGGAUGUUUGUUCUCUGUUGCAUUUAUGAUGUGAAUAAUUUUUAGUACUUAAAUAUAUUACCCAUCCAGUGACUGAAACUCCACACACGUUUUGAAACAUCAACAGUGAAAUGUUAUUGAACCUUUCAUGUAUUGAUUCUGAUUUAAAAAGUUGUUAGUGUUCUUUGAUGGUAACAUAAUGUCUGUUCUUGAAAUGCUGUGGACAGUUAUGUUCAGCUGAUGAAUGAUUGCAGGACACAUUCCUUGUCAGAUAAACCCAGUGCUUCUGAGUGGUUUAUCUCGUGUGUAGCUUAAAAGGAUUAAAACUGAAUGUGCCCAUGACAGAACUACUGAUGUAGAGACAAGAUGUCUUACAGUUGGCCCCAUAGUACAGCAGCACCCUAAAAACUACUGCUUUGAACACAAGAUAUAUGGUAGUUUAUCCAAUAAUAAUAUAGCUGCACUGUAAGCUAUUGACGUUUCUUUAUGGCAGAAAAUAUAAAACUGUUAUGACUUGUAGUGUUCCCUUUAUAUUUCAUUCAGCAUUGCAUGUCACAAAGCCAGUUUCUAAGAAAAUGAAAUAUAUUCAGUCUCCUCAGUCAGUAAAGCGUAGGUUUGUGUGUAUAGUAGACAUUUCUAAUUCUGUUUUCCAGUGUCCAUUGUUUGUGGGAUAUGCAUAUACUGAUGUGACCGAUUUCAUGUGCAUGGUAUUUUUAUAUGUAAAUGCCUCAAAACAUUAUUAUGUAUAUAUAAUACAUACAUACAUACAUACAUUCACUUUACUAUCUUCCUGGUGUAAUGAAAGUUUCCAUACAUUAUUUGUGAGGAGGGCUAUUUUUGUGUUAUUUUCUUUGUAUGUACAUACUGAUAUUCAGAUGAACAUAUGGAUUUGGAGAAUUUUAAGAUAAAAUUAAAUACAGUGGAUGCAUGAGAUACUUUGUCAUACCCAGUGUGCUUUUUUUCUGUACAGUAAAGCCACUUUAUGACAAGACGUUUGCUGCCCAUAUACCCUUGACCUCCCCAGUUACACCCAUACUUUUUGUGGUAGUUUCAAAGAGAUUGCAAAUUAAGGUUAUACUACUAUACUGCUUCCUAGAAAUUCUCCUUUUUAGUUGAGUGACAUAUAAUUUGAUGUUGGAUAUUGUAGAUGCAUAUAUGUGGUGAAAGUUUGUUGUAGUUGGAAUAAAAUAUUUGUUUUGAAAAACUUAGUAUGAAGCCAUCCAUGUUGUUGUUAGGGAAGAAAUAUAUGUGUGUUACUCUCCUUGUGUUUUCAUUUUCUUUCCUUAAUAAUUUUGAUCUCACUUUCCAUAUAAUUCAUUCAUCAGUUUUGAAUAUAAUGUUUGAACUUGGAUGAAAAGGUAAACAUUAAAACUUAUGACUCAAAAUAAUCUGGUAGGUUAUGUGUUAAAAUGUCUUUUUGUUUUUAUUCACAGCCCCACAGAACAUAAAAAGGUAUUUAUACAUAAUUCAGCAUAGUGCAGUUUUAGUUUCAGCAUUUUCUGCAUUCCCUUUCAUAUAAUAAUAAAAGGGAGAAAUUGCCAAAAUCAUGUUCAUGGACGUCCUUACAAAAAAAAAAGCAAACAAAAAACAACUUAAAAAGGGACUCUCAUAACAGUUGAUGGGUAUGGGUUAAUAGUUACAUCUAAACAGCUGCAAAUUAAAGCUUAAAACAAUUGAAUGUUUGGAUUCAUGGUUAGUAAAAUUGGGAUUAUGUUUAGUAAUUUGUAUUUUGUCACAUAACGGAAUGCUGAAAAUUACAUUGUCCAUUAUAUAAUUUGAUUGGUGUAUCUUCCUGUGAUACUGGAUUGAUUGUGCAGAAUUCUUAUUCUUGAUACAUGAUUGGUUCUUGACUUCCCAGGAUAACCAUGUAAUAUAGAGGAGUAUUUAGAAUGAAAAUGUGCAAGAAUAACACCGCGGACGAUGGUUGCCGUAUGGAGGUAAUGGGGAUCACUUUUUUGGUGCAAGUUGUUGCAUCAAAAUUGAAUGUAAAUAUGUGUUCAGACACGUUCCUCCGAGGGGAACAGCUGACUUUCCCUGAAUGAGCUCCAUGCAACAAUCAUGUAAUACAAAGUUAUAUUAAGCACCUUUAAUUUUUUUGACACUUUGAUGAAUAAAUUAUGUACAUUCAGGUACUUAAUUGUGAGCACAAAUAAAACCAGUUCAUCGGAAAGGGACAGACUACAAUCUACAAAGCAAAUCAAUGCUCAAAGUUUAAAUUAUUUUCGCAGUUGUAUAAUUGUGUGUGUAUAUGUAUAUAAAAAUGACUUCUUUUUUUUUCUCUCUCUCUCCCCUUUGUGCUCUUUUGAUGCUGCUUUUAUGCGUGCUCAUUGUGUAGUUAUCUUAGACCAUUACAUAUACGACUGGAUAUUUUUGCAGUCGACUUGACCAGCUUUUGCAUUCCUAAGGGCCAUACUCAGCAGUCUACAAUCAUUUUAGGGGCCAACAAAAUCCUAAGAUUAAAAAUGGUCUUAAGGGGAGUGGUGUUAAAAAUGUGAAAUUUAUCUACAUGAAUGAAAGUUCUUAGAAGGGAAUGAUUUCUUAACAGUGUAGUUGGGUUGUGGUUUGUGUGGGUUUUUUUUCCCCCCUGAUGCUAUCUUGGAUAGUUCUCUAGAGCUACAUAACAUUUGUCCAUAAAAACACUGUGUGUUUGAAUUUAUAUGAAGCGUAAAUGUCUUCAUGCACAAUCAUUUUGUCAUCUCUGACAUCAUGUUGAUGUGGCAUAUACAAGGUUCUUUGUCAGAGUAAGUGAAUUUGUUUGGGUGUGCAAUUCUUUUAUGCUAUAGAACACAAAACGGAUUAUUGGGAUUUAUAACACUUAUUAACCGAGUAGUAGGCUGGCAUAGUGGUAAUGCUGUUUGACUUGUAUUUGGGAGGUGCUCAGUUCAAAUCACCCACAGGACACUGGCUGUCCUGAUAAGUUUUUUUGUGGUUUUCCUGAGUACCUGCAGGCGAACACUGGGACAGUACCCCAGGCCACAGCUUCUUCCAGAUCUUCCGUCACCCUGCCAUUGAAUAAAUGUAUAGUAUAACUACUAACAGCACUGUAAAAUAACUCACAACACUGAACUGUAAAUAGACUAUAGGAAGUCACAGAUUAAUCAAUAAGACAAUUUUGCUGUCGUUUGAUCCCAGAUGAGAAUUUAAUACUCUUCUGGGAUACCUUUUACUUAUAAAUGAACUGCAAAGACAGAACCAUGUUUUAUAUGGUAUUGUAUUUGUUGAACAACUCUUAUUGGAAUUUUGUUGUGAAGUUUUCUGAGUUGCCCUCCCAGGAUUGUACAUUUACAUUGAAAUGAGAUAUAGAAAGAAAGACUGUUACUUAGGGAGAAUUGUUAUUGGUGUAGCAAUAGACACAUCUGAGAAAUGGAGAUGAAAUUUACAGAGGGGACACUUUAAUUACCAGCGUUAAAACAGUUUUGGCUGUUGACGUGACUGCUUUUGAAAUAAACAUUGGUUUCAGAUCUAAAUGACCGUUAGAGUAGAACUUGGUAGAUAAUUCUCUCACAUUGAAUUGUAGCUUCACACUUUUUUGUUUUAUUAUAAGUUGGGUGAUGUUUGGGGGCAUCAGUAUUUUUAGUGUUGAGGGAACAUUUGCAUGCUGGAAGCCCAGAUAUGGCCCACGGACUAACAGUUGAAAAUCCUGUGAAAUUAUGGAUUUGAGGCAUGAAUUGAAGGUAUUUACAAAUUUCAAGUUCAUACAAGCAGGGAAACAAUAAUGGUAGCAUUGUUUACUUAUGAUCUAAGAUAACUACAUAGCCAUGUCUAAUAAAAUGGAUGUCUGCAAUAAGGAAUCAGAAGAAAAUAUAUUGCAGGUCUGCUUUUUGGUUUUAAACAGAAAAUGGAAGUUAUUCAUUUUAUUAUAUAACAGAUUGACUAAAAUGUGAUAUGAUUUUACUUUAAAAUUGUAUCCAUCUGAACAAUAAUGAUUGUCCAAUCCAAAAAGAGAGAGAGAUAAGAGAUAGUUUUCCUUUUUGCCUCAUAGAGGAGUUAACAUUGUCUACCAGAUAUGGUGCUUGGCAGUCAUAUGUUUGGACAUGAGUGGUGUGUGGGGCUGCUUCCCUCUUCAAAACCAGAAGACGCACCUGCUUGUGUUAGUUGGAGGUUCCUCAUAACUGUACAUACUUUAUUAUUAACGUAUAAAAAACAAAAAAGUUGUAAUUUAAACUAGUUAUUUUGUCUUUUAAAAUCUAGGAAUAUUAAAUAAUACUGUAUAAAAUCACUUUUUAUGGAGUAAGUCGUGCACUCAGUAUUUAGUUUAUAUUUGAAAGUUUGCUAUGUCUUUCAACCGCUCUUUUUACAAUGUUAUAUUGUUAAGAAAGAUAUUCAUCAGAUAACAUUGUUACUUUUUAUUAUUAGUGUAUGUACCUUAUUAACAAAAACAUCAUCGUCAUCGUGUCUCUCAGUGCACUGUUUUCUUCUAUGCAUAUUUAAGGAAACAUAAUUAUAAGCCUGAUUCCAAUGUAUAGUGCCUCGGUUGUGUUAUAUCUGCAGUGACAUGACAGAUGGUAAGUUGGGAAAAUCACAUAAAAUGUUGAUACUACAGCGAGUGGAAAUGGAGUGACUUCUCUGGUUGAGUGUGAGGAUGGGUGGAAAUUCUGUGCCUUCUUGUUGAUGGUUACAUUUUAAGCGUGACCCCCAUCAUGGACUUAGAUCAUUAUGUUGAGAACUGAAAAUGUGCUGACUUGGAUUUGCAGUAACAUAUGAUGUGUAAGAUUCGUGCUUAAUCUUGGUCUUGGGACGUGGAUCUCUGUGACCUGUAAAUGCUAUAGAUGGCUUAAAGAAUGGUUGGGAAGAUGAAUGUAAUUAGUACAUAGUAUAGCAGACAUUCUUUUCUGAUGCUUUUGCAGCUUGUAGGUAAAACUAAACUUUUGGUGUUACAUCUUCAUGUGAAGAAAAUGCCUUCAAAACUUAGAUGCUACUGUUCCAUUUCCUUAUAAUGAAACCUUUUUACUUAACGUUUUUUAAAUGGCAGAAAUUUGUGACCAAUAUACUGUUCAUAAAAUAGUCAGAAUUUCUAAUAAACAAGUACUCAGUUCAUUGUGGCUUUUGUUUGAGAGACAGUGGGGAGUUAGAAUUUCUUUCAGCUAGAACUGCAGGGGGAGGGGGGCUACAUGUACUCAAGUAUUUAGCUGGUUGAACAUCUAUGUGAACUGGAAUAUUAUUCAGUCAUUCAGCAAUCUUGAUGUACUUUACCUUACAGAUAAUCUCUCACCCCAAAUGAUUCAGUCAGCUAUGGGUACAGAAGUUAAUUGCAGGUAUAUACCAUCAUACAGGAAGGCACAGAAUUCAAGUUAUUGUUAAACCUGUACAUUGAAUGAAGAAGAUGAAGAAAUAGAUAUAACAGCACAUCAAUAGAAUUGUACAAAUUAUAUAGAAGUGUAUGCUUGGAAGAGAUACAUGUUGUUAGGAUCUGUUCAAGUUUUGAAGAAAAACAAUUCCUGAGUGCAUAUAAGAGUUUCUGUGAAGGCAUCAAUGAACAAUAUAAAGAAAAGGAACAGACUGCAUUAAGAUACCAAACCGUUAAUAAUCACCGCCAUCAAAUAUGCAUUGUGCGUGUGUCUUGUCAAACUAAAUAUAAACUGCCAUAAAGAGACAUAAUGGUAUGAUGAAAGUUGUGGCUAUAGACUACAAUCGCCAACCUAAAGCUGUUACAAAUAACAUUAGCUACAUGUUUAUAUUGGAGUAGUGACAUGCAUUAUGACCUUAGCGCUCCAGUUCAAUCCCAGUCUUGCAUUAUUAUUAUUAUUAUUAUAUUAUUAUUGCAAUUAUACAUAGCACUCAGGCUGAGCAUUUAACAUACUUUUAACAAAUUGCAAAUAUAAGUUCAGUUGAGUUUUUCCUCCUGCUGUAUAUUGAAGGGGGUGAAGGACAUGUUACCGGAUACAUUCAAGGAAUAAAUGACCAUUAAACAAACAUUUAAAUUAGAGUGUCUUUCCUUUGUCCCUUUUCCUUCUAUGCCAGCAAAAUGUAUGCAUGCACUUCACCCCCUUACUUGAAUGUGAUAUUUUGUAACAGUGUCCAUAAUGGGAUAUGUCAUGCAAGAGUCCUGGGUUUGUAUUGGUAUUAAGUUUACUAAAAUAUUUUACCCACAUUCUCAAAUUACAGAAGAAUAUUUUGUUAACUUGACUAAUACAUGGACUGCACUACACCGUGAAUUUCACAUCACUUCAAUAAAAAAUUCUAACUGCUGUGUUGCUGUAAAUUUACAAGAGUAGAAGAAGUUCGAUUCAAGUCUUUCUAUGCCAUAGCUUAAUAAAUUAGUUCAUUCCAAAGUAAGACCAACUCUAAUUCAUCAGUGCGGGAGGUGAGCUUAAUGGGAAUCGAAUAUAAUAUUAAAUAAAUAGUAACUGAAGGUAGAGGGAAUCCCAGAAUGUGAUUUGAUCCUUUAAACAAACUAAACAUUCAGUUUUAGUGUGAUGUCAAUAAAAAUAUAUAAAUAAAAAUAUUAAAUAAUAUAAGAUGUAGAUAUCAAGAAAUAUCUCAUAGCGGUGUGUGCAGGUUAUGAUGCUGUAAUGUAUACUUAUACAUCAGAUUAAACUGGUUACAUAUUUGCAGAAGUGUUUAAUUUUCAAACCUGAUUACUGCCAAAGUUCUUGGCUUUGAUUGCUUUCAAUUUCCAUAUUUUACACAGUAGGAUCCAAACUGUUUAGUUGAUGAUAGGAUAUUUGAAGGUCAAUUAGGAGACUUCAAAGUGGUUCUUAUUGCAUUGUCUUAGAAAGAAGAAAAUCGUAGGUAGAUGAACUGUAUCAAAUGCCUUAGUUUGAACAUUAUUAGAAAAAAAUUAAUAUGAGAGCCAACUAUCAAAAUCUGAGUAGACCAAAUCAUGUGGUUCUGGGAUUACAACAUUAACUUAAUGUCGUAUUUUAGCAUCCUGUUGCACUGAUUUUCAUCCAUGGUAUAUAUACAUUAUCUUUAUUUCUACCCUGAAGGUGGAGGCAUUACGUUAUUCAAAACAUUGGUCCCCAUCUACCAGACUACAUGAUGUACUUCAGAGACCCAUAAUAUGAAUCUUCAUCACUGUAAAGACCAUAAAUCAGACAUCAAGUGGAUUCAUCUCUCUUGAGGUUUAGGUACUCUUCACAAUUCUUGGCACGUCAUGUGUACAGUGUUAUGAAUAAGAACAGCCACUUCCAUCAAAUACCACAAUUCCUCCUCUUUCCUCACCACAAGACAUGUCAUUCUGUUUACAAUGCUAGCAUUACUCCAGUAUAAAGAAUGUUCACAUAAUACUGCAUUCAUAAACCAGUCGAAAUUGUCAGUGGUGCAUGAGAGAGCUGAAAUAACUUCAUAAAUAUAAAGAAAAUAUAGAUGGUAAAAAAUAUAUAUUAGCAAGAAUCAUCAAAAUGGCUGUAAUGCGCUUAACCAUGAACUAGCAUUAAUGAUAGAACCUUCCUGCUGCUGGUCUUGUCUUGCUACAGCAUGUACUAUUACUAGGAGAGAGGGUGGGUGCAUCUUGUUUGAUACAAUUACCAAAUUACAUUAUGUGGGAAGCAUGUCAUAAUGGAUUUAAUCCUCCAAUCAACCCUAAACUACUGAUUCAUGUUUAUUCCAAGGAAACCUAGUUUUUUAUUAAUCAUUUGUACCUGGGGAAUGUUUAAUGAAGAACAAUCUGUUAUUCUUUACCUCUCCGUUCUCUUUGUUUUGCCAGCAGUCCUGGCACAAAAUUCAUCAAGAGGGACUUAAACAUAUUAGUAUUCAUUUCGGGUUGUAAAAUUAUUAUUAAUGCUGUAAUGUGACAACAGCACAAGUCCAUUACAGGAACAGCAAAGUACCAAAUUAGGAAUGAUAUUGUUUUGGCAGAAUAGAAAAGAACAUAAUUUAUUUGCAGUCUCAGACUUGAUAGACCUAAGCCAAGGAUGUAGAACAAGUUAUAAUACAAAUACUUGUUUCCAAAAUAAAUACAUACACAGACAUUUCAGAUAAUACAGUAAUAUUCCAUAGUACAUGAAUUCCACAUUAUACAUAAACUUGUUAAAAAAAUGUGAUUUAAUUUUAACUUGAUCAACUAAGGUAGACAUGCGUACUACAUUCCCUGCCUAUCUCAUCCCCCCUUGACUUCGUCAUUCUAAUUAUAUGUGAUGAAUUUCCCACCAAUAGCGUCUAUAUGUGACUAUGCUACAUCUUUUGUUAAUAAUUAUAAUGAUUUGCUUUUACUUAUUUAAAGUAACGAUAACGAAAUUCAAACGUCGCUAUUGCAUGUUUAGUCAUCUGUGUCUAUUUCUACGUUGCCCACCGACAGCACUGAAUUGCCUAUCUAAAUUUAGUAAUCUGUGCCCUUGAUGCCUGAGGCGCUGUAAGCCGAAGAGCCCCAAGAGGCUAAAGGGCCAAAAAAUAAACGUGUGUGCGCCUGGUUAUGGCAGCGUGAGGCAUAAAAUGACUGAAAUGACAUUACCGACUUUCGUCGCGUCUGUCUGAAAUCACAGAAUGUAUUCGUGACUUUGUUGUGAUUGUAUUUCAAGCAAAUGUCACUGCUGGAUGUGGUAGUAUUACAAGUGUCAGUGCUGAAUGAUAGGAGUGAAAUUGAUUAAGAAUGUUUAUAAUUGGCAUUUUUAAACGAAUCAGUAUGCGGAAUACUAUACUUUUGUUCGUGGUAACAGUGUUUGUUAAAAGCGCGCCAAGGAAUGGCGAUUUGUAUUUGUGGAUUGAUGAGCAACAAGUGAAAAUGUUUAGCGGUAUCUCGAUGGAAAUUUAUGCCAUAAUGGAUGGACAUGUUUUGCCGUAUAUAUUAGAUCCAAACUUUGAAAAACAUCUUCCUAUCAUUCCAUCAGAGGUUGGCUAUGUUAAUUUCACGUGGAAGUCAGGAACUAAAAAGUACUACUAUAAUUUUGAUAGACUUCAGUCUUUUGAUGAGGCAGUUUUGGAGCCACCUGUAAUUUCUAUCAAGACUAAGGGUCGUGUGCCACGCAAACCUAAAGUAUUCAGUGUGUUCCUACCGUGCUCUGGGAACAACUCGGGCAUCGCUUCAUUCGGCAUUGGACUGCUUAUUGAAAGUAGAAAGGGGAAGCCCCUACCAGGCACUCCACUGAGACUUAGACUGAGGAAGGAAUGUGCACAGAGGGGCCCAGAUCCAGAAUGUGACAAGAAGUGUGCCAAUGGUGGCUGGUGUAAUUAUGAGAAGAUCUGCCAGUGUCCUGAAGGCUACAUGGGGCAGUACUGUAAGACUGCUCUGUGUUACCCACAGUGCAUGAAUGGGGGCAGUUGUACUGCUCCAGGGAUGUGUAGCUGUCCAAUUGGCUUUCAAGGAAGGCACUGUGAAGGGGGAAUAUGUGCUGAGAAAUGUCAGAAUGGAGGGAAAUGCAUUCAAAAGGACACAUGUGAAUGCUCAAAAGGCUAUUAUGGAUUACGCUGUGAAUUCUCAAAGUGUAUCAUUCCAUGUCUGAAUGGUGGGCGUUGCCGGGGUGUAAAUAAGUGUCGUUGUCCUACUGGCUAUAUGGGAGAUCACUGUGAGAUUGGACGCCAUGUACCUGCAAGAAGUACAUGUACAAAACCCUGCCGGCAUGGAACAUGCAGGCCUGACAACACGUGUGUCUGUGAUCCAGGCUGGUACGGAAAAUUAUGUCAUCAAAAAGCCCCACAGAUGCGCAACAGAAGCAGAGUUCGUCGUUAGAAGGUCACGCUCUGAAGCUAACUUCCAUUAAACAGCAUUAUAUGCAGACUGAUCAAAGUAUAUGUCUCUUUUUUUUUCUUCAUUUUCCAAGAAAAUCCAACUAACCAAUUACUUCCAUUUGAGGAAAAUGCACCUACUACAUAGCAAAAUACAGACAUAUGAUAUGUAAUAGGAUGUAUGAAUACAUGUGUGAUGUGAACUCUAUGAUGUAACCCAAACAAAAACGUUUAUACUAUAUUGUGUUGAUUUACGGAUUCAGACAGAUUGAUUUUGGCACCACUGAUCGAAUAUAAACAGUUCCUUGAUCAAGUGCAAACAAGACAAAGUCACUUUUGGUUGUCGUUCUUGUAGGAAUGGUACAAUUUUAAUUAUUUCAAAUCACAACUAAAACUGACAUGAAAAGGCAUAAUCGUCUAAAUAUAUUCUCACAGGACAUAUGGUCAAAUGAUUCAGUAAGACACACCUGAAAAUGUUGCAAAAUCAUUACAUAUUUAGUUUAAUUCUUCCAAUAUAAUAUAAAGCAAGAUCUUUUCUGUGUGUGUGUGUGUGUGUGUUAGUACUGCAUACCUAAGGCUAGUAUUUUCAGUAAGACAAGAUUUCUAACCGAAUAUAAAUGACCAUGAACAUAUUAGUUCAAUUUUUUAUAUAUUCUGUCUUCCCACAAAAGAUAGACAUGUGUUUCCUGUAUUGCAUAUGAGUGAAUCAUAAGUGAAUAGACAAUGCCACUAAAAAAAAGAUGCGAAUUCUAUCUGCCAGUACCUCCGACAACUAAUCAAUUGAGAUGGUAGCACAGGCUUCUCCUGAACUGUUGUGUAUAUCAGUUAUACCUCACGAAGAGUACUGUCACCUGGAGCGUGAUGCUGUGUAGUCUGGUAGAAGUUUACUGACAUCUUGGAGGAAUUCUGCCUCCUUCAGGGUGAAAGAGUAUCCAUAUCAUUUUUCUUUCCCAAAUACAAAACAGAAAUUUUAAGCAAACAGUUGCCAAUAACUUCAAAUCUAAGAUGCCAGCAAUCUGUACCAAAAUAAGCUAUUUUCAGUUUUGAUUAGACAAGAGACAUGUCUUCCAUCUAUCCCCAAGUAUUUAUAGCUUUACUGAAAAUAUUCACAGUGUGAACUAAAUGUCUUAUGUGCCAUGUUGUCUGAGCCAGUUAUGUGAUAAUGUAACUUCCAAGAUUAUGGCUUUCUGAGAUGUGACACCAUGGAAUUUGGUAGAUGGAUACAAACAUGCUGGAGGAAUCUGUUAACUUCAUCUUCAAGGAGAUGGAGGGGGGGCAUGUUGAUACAAAAUCUACAACAUUACAGUGUCAUAUUCCAGAGGACUAUAAUAUUGACACUCAGUUGGACCAGAGGUUCUCACAGCUGUGAUUGUCAAGGGUAGUCUUCUGGGUUGUAACACCAUGUAGUCUGUACUACACAGCAUCACAGUCCAUGCCAUAAUCUUCAUACUACCAUGAGAACCUCAGAUCUGUCAAGGCAUAUUCUGUCCCUCAUUUAUCAUAAUCACUUUUUUUUAAAAACUCUGGCCAUGUGGGCAGAUAAUACAUCUCAACUCUGGACAGAUUUUGCAAGUAUUCAUUAGAGGACACCUAAAAUAAAUUUAGCAAAUUACACAUUGAGCCAUACAGCAGUGUAGUUGGUUGAAAAUCUCACUGAGUUAUUGAAGAGGUUGGUAUUUUAGUCAUUACAUAAAUACUGUACAUAUAAUAACAGGGAUUCCAAAAUUAGCAAACUGUUAUCAUCAUAUAUAAUGUGGGUACUUAAACUCAACCCCAACACUCUCUUUAUAUCAAGGGUCUACUACUUCUACUGACAUGAAGUGUUGAUGUAUUUUUAUAAUGGAUUGUAUUCAUUGCAUUUACUGAAAACAAGCAAAGACUAUAAUAACAGGAUAUCUAUAUUUGUGUAAAAUUAAAGCAUGCAGAAACUUCA